AUGUUGUUCGAGUCUGUCCAAAAUGGUGACCUCGACCGGGUACGCCACCUGUUGGACGGUGGUGCGGACGUUAAUGCGCGGGACGACAAGUUCUUCAACACGGCCCUCCAUCGGGCCGUAUUUGCCCGCCGGAACCGGCUCGAGAUGGUGGCCCUGCUCGUCGAACGCGGUGCCGACUGUAAUGCACUCAACAAAAAGCGCCUAACCGCGUCGGAACUCGCGCUCGAGAACCGGCUGCCGGAGGUGGCAAAGGAGUUGGUGCGGUGCGAAACCCAACACCUGGACGAUCAUCUCGCCUACUACCUGCUGAUACGGCGCGGCAAUCUACAGCUGUUCGAAUACCUGAUCUCGAUCAAGCGGCUCCAGUACGAGGACGAAAUCUGCGUCAUUGCCCGGGCGUACGGUGAGCUACGGCUGCGGAACGUACCGCUCAACGAGCCGAUGGAGUCGUACCUGAACGAGAUCCUGAUCAAUCACGACUACUGGUUGCGGAACCGGGUCCGCAGCGGGUGGACCGACAGCCGACGGGAAACGCUGCGCCGGCUGGAAGCGAUCGUCGAGAAUGUCCAGCAGCUGACCGGUGGCUACGACAGCCACAAUCUGACGGACGUGGACAGUGUGUUUCUGCUCCGGCUGUCCUACAUACUGGAGAACCUUUUCUUCGUCCGCAACACCUACAAACAGCUGCCGCUGCAUCACAUGGAAUUUUGUAUCGGCAUUUUUCUACACAUCUGGAAGAAUCCUCCCCGAUACGACAUGUACAAAAUGCUGGUGGACAAACGCAAACUCCUACUCUACCUUGGAGCAGUUACAAACGAGCUGAAGAAAAUUCUCGCGCUACCAGGUAACGCCGCACGCAACACUCACAAAACGUCCAUCACAUCCACCUCGCCAGAAGAAAGCAGUACCUCCGACGGAACCAGCCCUUCGAGCCUUAGUUUGGUGUGUGAAAAGUUCCCAAAAGCUUGCCUUAAGUUCCGCUGGACAAACGAGAGAAACCGGGAGCUUAUGUUCUGCCAUUACGUGGUCACUGGCGGCGAGUGCGACGGUGACCGGUCCAACUAUCGAGCCCGGUUACACGAACUGUGGCUAGAACGGCAACGAGCGCAGGAACCCCUGGACUGUAUUGCCGGCGGCGAACAACCACCCUGGGACCUCACCGAACAGAACCUGCUAACGCAGCAGCGCAAAAUUGUGCGCGACCAGCUACUGCCGGAGGAGGUCCGUCGACGCAUCGAAGCGGAUGCGAUUAGCUAUCGGUAUUAUCUGCGUACCAGCCUCCCAAAAGUGUCGGACAAAAAUCGUAAAGUGUUUCGCAAGAUGACGAAGAGCUAUCGGCGCAUGCGGGAACUGCACGCCAUCAACCGGGCACUCGGGUACAUCGACUCCGUAUCGGAGCUGGACUGGUCGUGUGAUCGGGAAAUUAAAACACUCGCAAUGAAGCGUGUGGUGCAGGUGGUUUGUGAAACCCUCCGGCAUGGACGCGACACGCCGAUUGUUACACGACAUCAAGAAUGUUUCGUUAAUGUGCUCACACCGCAACGGAUACUUCGCGAUGCUCGGGUUCGUGACUAUCUCUCGCACUACCGACGGGGUAGUGAUCUGUUGGCUAUUCUUACCGCUAGCUGUCCGCAUGAAGAUGAUCGACGGGACCAUCUUCACAUCAACGAUGACUCGCCGGGCUGUGAGGAGUUGCACCGCAAUCUGAAAAUUUUGCGCCAUCUGUUCCAUUACGCACAGAACCUUCUGCAUAUACUGGCAAUCAAGACGCUCGUCAAUCGGUUGUACGAUAGUAAGAGUGUGGAGGAGAUUAAGUCCUAUUACGCGUACCUGUUUCGUCACAAUCCGGCCGAACACCUGCAGAAGCUAGAAUGUGCACCGUUCACGUUGCUUGAGCUCGGUGUGCUAGUGGAUGCGAUCGAGGAGGAAUAUCACAGUGCGGGUGUUCCCUCGAACGAUCAUAUUCGGCGGAUACGAACGAAACUUACCCAGGAAAUUCACAGUUACAAGACGCUCCAUCACCAUUUCAGCAACACGAUGCUCAUGGUGGAAGGUCUGAUAUCGAAGAUCAAAUCGAACCACAGCUACGAGAAGAUCCGUCAUAUCUUCCGGUCCCAUCUAAAGGUGUUAGAAACAUCCCAACGUACUGUUAAUGUACAGUUUUUGGUGGCCCUGCGCAGUGCGCUUCUAACAUAUUUUUACGAUGAUCUACCAGAGCUGCGGCAUCGGAGCGAACUGGAGCGAAGGGUAGCUCUGUUAGUAUGUCGCAUUUUGUACGCCAUUGACAGGAAGCUUUACCAACGGUCGUGUGCUUCUCGUGAACCUCAGACAGUGCAUCUCGCAGGUGGUGAAAAUUCCCUUCUGCUAAAACGUCUCGAAGAAGCAACCGGUCAACAACUUCCAUACCUCACCAAAGAUCCCAACUUCUGCAAACUUCAAGACCAUCCCGAGAGGCGGUACGAUCUGCUCCGACAACUCCUGCGACGACACCGUGUCCUGUACAGUGCCAACCUGCUCGCGGACCUGCGCCGUGAUGAGGAACGUGAAACGGAGGAAAAAGUAGCCCAGCUGCAGAAGCUGUUCCUUGACCAAAACAUGAACAUGAAACCAUUCGAGCGGGUGGACGAAAUUGCAUUCGAAAUGCUGAUGCUGGAAGCGACAAGCGCACUGUCGGCAAAGUUGGUCGACAACCGGGAGAGUCUCUGCAACUAUCUGCCAGUGCUGACGGGGCGGAAUUUGCGCAACUACCUCGCACACGGACACAUCACGUACGAGAUACUGAUACCGAACACGGGACCGAAAACGAUCCUGCUGAAUGCGCUCAGCAUCAUCAAGCUGUCGAAAAACAUUAUCUCCGAGAUCUACGAUCGGCACGGUUGGGAGUUUGCGGAGAAGCUUGCGCUGCUCAAACACCAGGAAAGUAUACUCGGUGGCUUCCGGUAUCAAAACUGUAGUGAGAUUCGGGACACAAUCCGGAAGGAAGCGUAUCUGCUCGGCCGAAAUCAUCUCAACCACGGUAUAGUCGAUCACCUGGUACAGCACCAGAGCUGCAUGCUGCUGGGACACCUGCUGGACUUUGGCAAGGUGGAUGAGUUUCUCAAACCACUGUCCCACCUGAUGGAAAGCGUAAGUGCGAUAUCGUGCGGACGUCCACUGUACGACAUUCUGGCGGAUGUUCCGUCCCGGGUGGAGUUCUGCUACAGCUUGGCGAUGCUUAGCAACGACGAGGAUAUCCUGUCGAAGAUUGUGGCCGAUUUCGGAUACGGACAGAUCGAUGCCAUACCGAUGGUGUUCAACUUUGAUCGGUUGUUUUCCAGCUUUCUUGAAACACACCCGGACUAUAACGUGAAUGCGGAGAGUAAUGCGGAGAUACUGCACUACGCGGUGCUGUCCGGCAAUGUGGAGCUGCUGAACUUGCUGCUGGAUCAGUGCCAUGACCUUAACCAGCGCGACGAAUGUGGUCAAACACCGCUCGAUGUGGCCUGCAAGCUGAGCAACGUGGAGAUGGUCAAGGCACUGACGAACGCGGGAGCCCGUUGGUACACCAACGGUGAGCACGGGUACAGUCAGUACUCGUGGAUCUUUCUCAACAACGAUCAGGACGCGAUUGUGUUUCUCAAGAAUAACGAGCUGCUUAGUGCCAAAAUAGCCGGUGCCUGUGUCGACCUGUUCCUGCAGUACUGUGACGAUACCAAUGAGGAGAUCGUUGAGUUCAUGCUUGCCAAUGAGGCCGUGAAGUACGCGAGUAUCUACACAAAAGCCGUCACCUUUCGACGCCUAAACGUGUUGCGGUUUCUUGUUGAAAGUGACCGGAGGUUGAAAAGUAACGUGAAUCGGAAGGAAGUGUCUGGACAGGGUCUAACGCCGCUACAGAUUGCCGCCCGCAAGGGAUACCCCGAUGUGGCCCAGCUACUUCUCGAGCAUGGUGCCAACGUACAACUGCGUGACGUGAGCGGGAACAGUGCGCUGCAUUUCGCUGUUGAGUGUGGAUGUGUAAAAACGGUACGGCUACUUCUACGCCAUGGUGCCAGUUCGGGUGUAAGGAACUCUCUGGGGAAAAGCCCCCUAGAGCUAGCGAUCGCAAGUGAACAUAGGAAGAUAUGCCGGAUGGUACUACACAGUGGACAAAAGGUGGAAAGUAUAUCGCUACCGGAACGGUUACGAAAUCGGAGCAUUGUGAACGAACUGUUGUUUGUGGCCAAACCGUUCGAGUACUGUCUUUCACCUGCCGAUGUGUGUAGUGAUAGCUUUACACCAUUGCAUCAUGCAAGCGAUGAGUGUACGAUACAGCAGCUACUCCAGUUCUACGAGGUAGAUGUGGCUAGUCCUCGGUACCGCACUACACCGCUCCACUUGGCCUGCCUUUGCAACGAACCGCAGCGCGUGAAAGCUCUGCUCAAACAUGGCGCUAAUCCAAUGCUUUCGAACGGGGAAGGAUGGACGCCACUCCUGCUAGCGGUUAGUAAUCGCAGUAUUUCCAUUGUCGAGACGUUACUCAAGCACGACACUUUCAACACGCAACCAACCAAUCGUGAAGAUCUCAACACGGUGCUAGCGAUUGCGAUCCGCAAGCAGUCAAUCGACAUUGCUAACCUAUUGCUAGAGAAGGGAGCAUCGAUCGAUACGAUCGGUAAAACGUUGACAGCCUUAUCACCGACACACCACAGUUCCAGACAUCAUCCGCCCCAACAUCAACAUCCUCACCAACUGUUCUUCUGUGCUGCCCGCGAAGGUUACAACCGGAUAUUGGAGUACCUGCUGGAGAGUGCUCUGUUCGACGUUAACACGAAGGAUACGAUCGGUUCUACCGCUCUGUUUCACGCCCUCUCGAGGGCACCGCUAGCAACGCUCGACAUCUUGGUCCGGCACGGUGCGGACGUCGAGCACUGCAAUCAAUUCGGCCACAAUGUGCUCUCGAUCGCCACCAUGAACAAUCGGUUCGAUGCGUUACAGUACUUCGUCAACAACUUCCCCACGCUGGUACACUUUCUCGAUGCGGUGGAAGCCGACACGAAGAAUUCCGUCCUGCACUUGGCCGUACUGCGCGGGGCGCUCGAUAUAGUGCAAUAUUGCGUGAAGCUUCACCGGGCCGGCGGGGUCAGUUUGGACGCACAGAACAAGGAAGGCUUUACGGCGCUUCACAUCAGUGCACAAACGGGCCAUGAAGCUAUCUUCGGGUACUUGCUCGGACACGGUGCCAACGCUACCAUACCCUCCGCUAAUGGGCAAUCCAUUCUGCACACCGCUAUCUGCAACCGGAACCUAUGCAUCGUUCAAGCCAUCCUACGGGCUGGCGUUUUACCGCUCGAACGGGAUCUCUUCGAUCACGAGCAGCGUUCACCGCUGCACUAUGCCGUGUUUUCGCGCCAUGUUGGAGUCGUGCGUGAGAUACUGAAGCUUCCCAACCUGCCGCUGAAUCACGUUGACGCGCGCUGCAACACAGCGCUCCAUCUGGCGGCGGAAUUCCAGUACGUCGAUAUCUACAAUCUGCUCCAAAAGCGCAUCGACAACGAGCUGCGGAACGUGAACGGGAAGCGUGCCAUCGAUGUGCUGCUGCGCAAGUAA